GCAUCAGAACACCGUGGUCACUACGGUCAUCGGUAGAAUGGCUUUAUAUAAUGGACAGCAGUUCCAGCAACUUGACGAUUAUCCAGACGACUCGGUCUUCCAAGAAACGCCACCUAUGGCUGUUCGGGAAUCUCAAAUGGUUCAGCGUAGCUAUCUGUCGCAGGAGUACGGCAGACAGAAAGUCCCGGCGAACGUAGCCUAUGUUCACCCGACGUUCUAUAAACCCGGCUCUGUUCAUGCCCAGGAUCCGGAAAAAUUUCCUGUCAAAGAUGAGGACGAGUUCAUGACCUAUGCUACUAGUACCAGGCUACGUUCGGAAUAUAAUGAGUACGGUGUCAUCGUUGAGAACAAUGCUGACGAAUAUGAAAAAAAGACCUUACAAAAUGGCCUUGAAAAGUACCCCAAUGACCUCGAUAUCUUUGACCAAGAAUUGUAUCUUAUGAAACAAGAAAACGAACGCCUUCGAACACUGCUGGAAAACCGGGAACUGAUCCAGGAUUCAUACGGCAACGAAAACUACUUAUAUAGUGAAGAAAUGGCCUCUAAUAUGCGACGACAUCCGAAAAACUUAGAUAGUGAGAUUUGCCGUCUACAGGAAGAGAAUAGGCAACUUCGGUCGUACUUAGAAGAGAACCGAUAUGGUUUUGAAAACGCUAACGACGCUACUGACUAUGAUGAUGACUUCGAAGAAAUUAUUGAAGAGACAACGACAACUACCCGACCGGCCCCAGUACAAGCCGUAAUACCUUAUGUUGAGCAAAGCCAUUUAGCGGAUCUUGCGGUGAUUCCCCAGCGCUCAGUCGGUGUUGGGGAUAUUGAUGUCAACCAGUUCUAUCUUCUAGGCACUGGCACACAGUCCAUAGACCCUGCUGACUUUCCGCGUCCCUUCUGGGAACGUAUCAGUGAAUACUUUACUGAGCGAUAUCGACGUGAAACACGACAUCAGGUUCCACAGCCGCCUGUUUUUCCGCCCCUUCGCAGUGCAACUGCAGACAGACACCUCUCCUUCAAGAACUUUGGAUCUCUGGCUCCGCAGUGUCCAAACGCUGAUGCUGAUUUCAUUCGAAACCUCUAUCGCUACAGCCAGUAUGACUGCUCAGCGUUCAUCCGUCGUCUGGUCACAAAACUGACUGAAUUGAGACGUGUCACGCGCCAGGAUCAGCCACGCCGUGCCACUGUGCGCUCUGAGUCGGUGGGCGUAUCUGCGAGACCGGUUAUGGCGGACAAGAGAACAUCCUCUAUGCCG